UUAAGUAUUGUGACGCAAUAUCUAGUAUGCAAAAGCGGAACCACGAGGAUGGAUGUGAUUAAAUGGAGAAAGUAAACAAAGAUUGAUAAGAACAUUUUCAGAGUUGUUUUCUACUAAGUUGUUUAUUUCUUUCAUCUGGUAUUUAUCCUAAGAAUAUGUUUAAUCUUACUAAAAGAAGAGAUGAUGUUCCUAUGCACAAAUGGUUAUCAACAGGAUCAAUUCUUUUGCCACAUGAAAUACAAGGAAAUGAUUCAGAAAAUAUUCCUUAUAUUGAUACUGAUGAUGAAAAAGAAACCAAAAUCUCUGAAAAAGAUAACUUUUGGAGUUCAAAAAAAAAUGGAUUUAUGUUAUUGCCUAAAUCAGUACAGAAGAAAUCAAAAUAUAGAAAUGCCUUGAAAAUUUUAUAUCCGUGGAGACCUUCAGGAAGUUGCAAAACAGAGCUUCCUAGCAGUCAUUCUGGCUUUUUUUCUUUCCUUUCUGUGGGAUGGUUAUCAAAAUUAAUGUGGAGAGCAUUUCGUCAUGGUAUUAAUAGAGAAGAUUUAUGGAAUCUUCCAGAAAGUGAUGCAGCUGAAAAAAAUGCUGAAAUAUUAUUAAGAUUAUUAUUGCAACAUAUUGACUCUCAAGACUCCAAAAUUCUUAAUGGAAUAAUUUUAGCAUUUGGUUUAUUUUUUACUCAGUUACUAAGAUCUUUAUUUCUCAGUUUAUCUUUUACAUUAGGAUUUUUUACAGGUACACGCUUACAAGGUGCUUUACAAAUUCUUUUGUAUAAAAAGUUACUUAGAAUGCGUGUAGUUGGUGAAAAACAAGCUGGACAGAUUGUAAAUUUCUACACAAAUGAUAUUGAAAGGUUGUUUGAAUCUGUGGUUACAGGUGUUCUUGCACUUGCUACACCUAUCAUGUUUAUUUUAACACUUACAUAUUCCUGUGUUCUGCUUGGUCCAUGGCCCUUAUUGGGACAUUUAAUAAUUUUGUUAUUCUAUCCUCUUAUGGGUGGUAUGGCUGCAUUAAUUACCAUGUUGCGUCGAAAAGCAGUGAAAUGUACAGAUGAAAGAGUUCAACUAAUGAAUGAAAUUAUUACCAGUAUUAAACUUAUAAAAAUGUAUGCUUGGGAAAUUCCUUUUGCAAAAAAAAUUACUGAUGUGCGUGAGAAAGAAAAGAAAAUUCUUCAAAAAUCAGCAUUUUUACAAAGCCUUUCCACCAGUAUUUCUCCAUCCAUUGUUAUAAUAGCAACAGUAGCUACAUUUUUAGGUCAUACAUUAAGUGGUAAUCCAUUAAAUGCUCCUCUUGCCUUUACAGUAUUAUCUGUAUUUUUAGCUUUGCAGUUUUCUAUUGGAACUUUACCUUAUGCUGUCAAAGGAAUUUCUGAAGGAAGAGUUGGGUUACAAAGAAUACAAAAAUUUUUACAAAUACCAGAAGUAAACAAAUGGACCACUCAAUUUCAAGAUGAUACUAACACUGUUAUUAAAUUUAAAGAUGUUUCAUGUACUUGGGAUAUUCCUGGAAUGGAAAAUGAAACAGAAACUAACAAUAAAAUUGUUAAAAUUAAAUUAGAAACAAAAAAUGAAGAGUGCAAUCCUUUAACAAAAGAUUUAGAUUCAAUUGGAGAAGCUGUUCUGAAAGGAGUAGAAUUAAUUGUGAAAAAGGGUGCACUCAUUGGAAUAUGUGGUAGUGUUGGAAGUGGAAAAUCAUCAUUGCUUUCAGCUAUAUGUGGAGAUUUGACUCUUUUGGAAGGAAAUAUUGCAGUUAAAGGAAAUAUUGCUUUUGUUACACAGCAAGCAUGGAUUCUAAAUAGCACUUUACGAGAAAAUAUCCUCUUUAGUUUACCCUUUAUUAAGGAAAAGUAUGUACUCAUAUUAUUUUUAUCAUAA